CAAUGUCGUCGUCAAGAUGGAAAGAGCUAUCCCGCUACUCAGCUUGCGAUAUCGCAGACGCGCUCCUGAAGCUCAAAGUCCGUGGUGCUGGCUUUCUAGCUGAUAUAUCUCCAAUGCCCCGGACGACAUCACGCCCAAACCUCGAACUUACAAAGACGCUGGCCCCAGCCUCCACAUUCCUCAUGCUCCCCAAACCCUCUGACUCCUUCCCCAACCCAGCUGAUAUCUCAUCCAAAGUUCCCGCGUCGAACGUCGAGGUUGGAACACCGUACGCAGACUACACUGAAAAGGAUACAAUCGUCGUGAUUAGCCAGCCCUCGGGUCAAAAAUGUGCAGUUGUCGGCGGGAUAAUGGCCACACGGAUGAAGGUCCUCGGCGCCCAGGGCAUCAUCGUUGAUGGCAGAGUUCGAGAUCUCGGGGCGUUAGGCGGGCUCGGUCUUCCUGUCUGGUCUAAGGGCACGUCGAUUAUCGGCGCGGGAGCGGAGUCGAGGCUGCAUGCUCGGAAUGUGCCAGUUCAGGUUGGUGAUGUAGUGGUAGAGCCCGGGGACAUUGUUAUGACGGAUCACGAGGAGAAUGGGGUUGUGGUGGUUCCAAGGGGAAGGGUGGAGGAGGUGUUGGGGUUGCUGCCGAAGUUGGUGGAGGCGGAUGAGAAGGUGGUGAGGGAUGUUGAGGCAGGGGUUAGUGUUAGGGAGGCUUUUGGGAGACAUAGGAACUAGAAUCACCUCCCCUAAAAUCCAAUUGAUC